AUGUCUUUCAGCAAGCUCUUUUUUGUCUCUUUGCCCGCUCUGUUAGCUGUCCAAACUGUCUCUGCUCUACCAGCCGAGAAGAACCUCGAAGACCGCCAGUGCACUGGUUGCACUCCUCCACCCGAUACUCUCCCCGAUUAUUACUGCCCCGUCAUUGACUCGGAGGAAAACAUCACCGGUGAAUCUUGGCAGGUUGGUGCCUCAGCUAAAAGUGGUUCCAACAUUGCUACCGGACAAUCAUACACCGUAGGAUCCAGCUGGACCAUUGGCGGUAGCCUCGGACUUAGCUUUGAGAAAGUCAUCACCGGCUCAGCAUCUCUUUCGGCUGAGGUUUCAGAGUCCAUUGAGAUCACCGUGAGCACACAAACCGAAAGUACAUGCCCUGAGGGCGGCGACUUCUUUUGCUCACUUCUCGUUUACCCUGGAAUGAGACGUGUCAAGGGUCAUAUGGAGCUUUUGCUACCAGGUGCUGAAUGUCCCCUGGGUGCAGGUCUUAGUGAAGGAGACUGGGAGAUGGUUUCGCCCCGCAAGGACAAGUCGAACCUUCCCUUCUACACUACCGACUUGUGCACUUGCGGUAACCUUGAAGGUGCUGAUGGCCCUGGACAUCCAGAGAAAGUGUGCCGUGAGGAUUGUGUUGUACCUGCUAGGCUCAAAGGUACCACAGUAUUUUAA